AUGUGGAUUCUUCCCUUUCAUAUCUGUGGUUCUUCCGCUUGCUUCUAUGGCCUCCUAGCUCUCUUCUUCAAUGUCGCUCCUCUUCUCUCCAACCUUCCCCACUUUGCUACUGCCCCUCCACUAAUGAUCAUAUUCACACCUCAAAAGACCGCUUUUCUACGAGAGCACUCGAUUCUAUUUGAAAAAGCAGAACUUCUUGGUGCAGGUGACAUGUUUAUGGACGAUUUUUUCGGUGCAUGGAUCGAGUGCUUCAAGGAAAUGGAUUUCCUUAGGGCAGACUCUGACAUCCAAACCUUUAUCAAGCGACGAAUGGUAAAGCUUUUGAGAGAUAAACUCACGGUGAUACUUAACACGCAAACGCUGGAUGAAAAGGCACUUCUGGCAUUACAUUCCCCCGUCUCUAUCCGUAAAGCAAGCGAGGAUGGCCUCGAGGGUCCUCCACGAUACAAUCCAACCCGCGCCUUGCUGCAACGCGGUCUUCUCCCUCGGCCGACUGGCAGCAAAAGACGACGCGCACGCUUGGAUGCCAGUGUGGUUGUGCCACCUAUCAUUCCUAAAAAACUGGCAGUACAUUGA